GAAAGUCUUUAUUUAUUAUAGAUACUAAAACAAUUACUGCUCGUGCAUGUGCGCGCGCCCGCACUGUGCGUGUGUAGUACUUCAUACAGAUGAUGAGGGUGGGAGUCACGCUCUCUUUGACGUAGACUCAAAUCGGCUCGGUUUCCAUAGCGCGCGUUAUUGCGCAACGCGACGGAUAAUUCGCUCUGUUCGGCCUUGGUGCGAACCAACUCGACUCUGUUCGUUUCAGUUCGGCUACGACGAAAGCACCAAAGUCUUCGGUCCUUCCUCCCACACGCGGGAGAGAUCACAUGCGGACAGGUGCAUGCGCAUUCCUUGUUCCCGGGCAGUUCGGGAUGCUGCUGGUCCUGAUGCUGCGGGCGGACGCGCAUCAUCAACACCACUAAAAGCGAUACGGACUUCGCGAGCUCUAGAACACGGAUCGGAUGGACUCCCGGCUUCACGGAACAUCAGAUCCCCGAUGACUCGAUGACAGCCGUCAAAAGAGCAUUUUCGUGCCAAUGGCGAUUAACAUGCAAUGAAGAUCAUGCGUGAUUUGUCAUCUGUAAUGUGUCUGAAUCCCAGCAGUCAGUGAAUGGACACAGACACGCACACACAUACAGAGACACAGACAGCUGUUUAUCCAGAUCACACCGUCAUUAGCCCAAUGCUUUGUAUGGAUGAUGUUUUGCUUUAAAUUCAUCAUACCGUCUGUCUAAAAUCUGGUGAUGCACGUCUUUUUCACCAUCCUGGAAAGUAGUCCGACUUUUUAAUCUGGAUAUGUUAAAAGGCACGUGAAGAUGGACGGGAUUAUUAAUAUUCUGGGUGUCCUGGUGCUGAUAUUUGAAGGCAUCUCAUGCCAGGGAGUGUAUGCGCCCCCUACCGUUCGUAUCGUGCACUCAGGUCACACGUGUAACGUAGAGGAGGAACGUUACUCAGAGAGAGUCUACACCAUCCGUGAGGGUGAGACCCUUGAACUCACCUGCCUGGUCACCGGACAUCCACGGCCACAGAUUCGAUGGACCAAGACUGCAGGCAGCAUUUCAGAUCGCUUCCAGGACAACAGUGUAUUCAAUGAAACUCUUCACAUAGCUAAAAUCCAGAGACAUCAGGGUGGACGAUAUUACUGUAAGGCGGAGAAUGGACUGGGUUCACCGGCCAUUAAAUCCAUUCGAGUGGACGUCUACUAUCUUGAUGAUCCAGUGGUGACAGUUCAUCAGAGUAUCGGUGAAGCUAAAGAGCAGUUUUAUUAUGAGAGAACCGUGUUUCUGCGCUGUGUGGCAAACUCCAAUCCUCCGGUCCGAUACAGCUGGCACAGAGGACGAGAUGUUCUGUCUCAAGGGUCUGAUAAAGGUGUGGAGAUCUACGAACCCUUCUUUACCCAGCAGGGGGAAACAAAAAUCCUGAAGUUGAAGAACCUGAGACCCAAAGACUACGCCAACUACAGCUGUAUCGCCUCCGUCAGGAACGUCUGUGGACUCGCUGACCGCAGGGUCAUCUUCAGACUCACCAAUAAAACAGCGUCUCCAUCCAUCAAACUGUUGGUGGAGGAUCCAAUCGUGGUGAAUCCCGGUCAGACGGUAUCACUGGUGUGUAUCACCACCGCUGGAGAACCCACACCAGAUCUGAUCUGGACCAGCAGCUCGGGCUCUCUGCCGGAGAAGAGUCUGGUAAAAGACGGCACGCUCACUUUACCGGCCAUCUCAUCGGAAGACGCCGGCGUCUACGGCUGUGUGGCCAGCAAUAAUGUGGGCAACCCAGCCAAAAAAUCUACAACUAUCAUCGUUCGAGCGCUGAAGAAAGGCAGAUUCUGGAUCACUCCAGACCCGUACCACAACGACGACAACAUCCAGAUCGGUCGAGAGGUGAAGAUCUCCUGUCAGGUGGAAGCCACGCCGCCCGAGGAGCUCUUGUUCAGCUGGCUGAAGAACGGCCGGGCCCUACGCAGCUCAGAACGUAUGGUCAUCACCCAGACCGAUCCUGACAUCUCCCCUGGAACAACUAACCUGGACAUCAUUGACCUGAAGUUCACAGACUUUGGCACGUACACCUGUGUAGCGUCACUGAGGGGCGGCGGGAUUCCAGAAAUCAGCAUCGAUGUAAACAUCUCGUCCACUACUGUCCCUCCUCUGUUUUUCUCUUUCUUAGUUCCUCCGAGCCUGAGCGUGCCACGGGGAAAAUCCCCACUGGUGGUACGGGAGGGUGACACGGUGGAGUUGGAGUGCCUUGUUUCAGGGAAACCCAAGCCCAUCAUCCUGUGGUCCAGGGCCGAUAAGGAGGCGCCGAUGCCGGACGGCAGCGUGCAGAUGGAGAGCUACGACGGUGUGCUGCGAGUGGUGAACGUAUCGCGUGAGAUGAGCGGAUCUUACCGCUGUCAGACCAGCCAAUAUAACGGCUUUAACGUGAAGCCACGCGAGGCUGUGGUUGAGCUGAUAGUCCAAUACCCACCCACAGUGGAGCCGGUUUGGCAGGAGGUCCGUCAGGGUUUGGGUCGGCCGGUAGUGAUGAACUGUCGUGUUUUACGGGCACAUCCGUCACGUGUGCUGCGUUACGAGUGGAGGCUGGGAUCUCGACUUCUGCACGCCGGACAUUUUGACUCACGAGACGAUACUGAAUACACCAUACGCAUCCUCACGCGAGAAGGCUACGGCGAGUACACCUGUGACAUCAUCAAUGAGGCGGGGCAAGGACGCUGUACUUUCCUGGUCACUGGUAAAGCUUACGCUCCUGAGUUUUACUAUGACACUUACAGUCCUCUAUGGCAGAACAGACCGCGUGUUUACGGCUAUAAGCUGCAGUGGACACAGAUGAAUCCUAAUGCUGUAGACCGAGUCAUGGCGUAUCGCUUGGGAAUACGACAGACCGGACAGCAGAGAUGGUGGGAGCAGGAGAUUCCUGUAGAUGGAAACAUUCAGAAAGGAGAACUGAUCACACACAAUCUAACAGAGCUCAUCAGACCCGAGGCGUACGUGGUCCGAUUGACGCCCAUCACGCGGUUUGGAGAGGGCGACUCGACUAUCAGGAUCGUCACCUAUAGUGCUCCUAUUAAUCCACAUCUAAGAGAGUUUCAUUGUAGCUUUGAAGAGGAGCCCAUGUGUAUGUUUACUCAGGACAAGAGCGAUGAUUUUGAUUGGACGAGACACAGCGCAGCCACUCGUGACACUAAAUACACACCAAACACGGGUCCCAGCGGUGACCGCAGCGGAUCUAAACAGGGUUUUUAUAUGUACAUUGAGACGUCCAGACCACGGAAAGAUGGCGACACUGCUCGUCUCAUGAGCCCCGUGUUCAACAUCGCCCCUAAAAAUCCUCACGGCAUCACCAAUCCUCCAGAAUACUGCUUGACUUUCUAUUACCACAUGUAUGGUAAACACAUCGGUACAUUGAAUGCUUUUAUGAAGCAGAAAGGUCAGUCGAGCUCAGACACCGGACCGGUUUGGUCCCUCAGUGGGAGUCAAGGGGAUCGCUGGAGACAAGCCAAAAUUACCAUUCAUCCACUUUCAUCUUUCCAGGUCAUAUUUGAAGGCAUUCGUGGUCCAGGUAUCGAAGGGGACAUAGCCAUCGAUGAUGUCACUCUCGAGGAGGGGCAGUGUCCUGACCCACCAUCCAAUCCUAUCAGAGGAAAAGCUUCACACAAAGUCUUCAGUAUAUGGCCAUUGUGCGGCACACUGUUUUUUACUAGUAUUUUCUUUCAUCAGAGGUGACGUACCACAUGAGAAAAGCCUGGAAAUGCAUCUUUUAAUAUUUAAUCACCAAAGAUUCACGCUUUCAGACUGCUGAGAGGCACAAGGCCGCGGCUCCACGUGGAAUAAAUCCAUGACACAAAUACAAACCUACACAGAAAAGUAAUAAAGAUUCGCUGACGUCUCUCUCUCUGAUGAAACUGUUGGGUAAGAUGAUCUCAGGAGAACAAUUUAUGGAGAGCGAGGCUUUAAACACUGACCUGAGAACAGUCAGAAAAGCACAAUGACAAAUUCACCAUCUGACUGUAAAGAUUUAAGUAAAGAAGAAUCUCACGAACGAUUCCUUCCUCCCUGUGCUUCAUCAUCAAAUCUCUUAUUUGGUUUCGAUUCAAUCCUCCCGAGAGACACUCUGCUUCUCCUCGUCCUCCCAUCAUCAUCAUCUACUUUUGAUUUUUAACGUUGUUUUACUUUGGCUUCAACGCUGGUAAGACUUUACUUUAUAUCCCAACAUCAGUAGCAGCCUGACACUGUGCACACAUCUGCAGAAGAUCCACGACUCCAUCACUUCUGUCUUCAGAAUCUCUGCCAUUAUAAAAGAAGUGCCUUCAGGUUAAAACCCCAUCUGUGAGCCUGACCGUUCAUGUUUCUAGCAUCAUCUAUGGGCUAUUUUAUACACAUUUAUAUAUAUAUAUCGCCCCUUAAGUGCUGGGACACAGAAGGCACAACAAACAGCUGAAUGGAGGACCGGCCUGAAAUCCAUCUUAAUGUGGAUAAACCUUUACUGAAAACCAGAGAUGAGAUCAACAGAGAACUGCAGUUAUAAACUCAAUCCUGCUGUCGCCAUCUUCACCCUUCAUACAAUACUGAACAAUGAGAGAAAACAAACAACUAAUAUUCAUAAUUAUAAUACUAUUUUAUUACUCUAUCCUCCUGAAUGUGUUUCAGCUUUUACAUACAAACUUUGCAGUGUCGUCUACCUGAACGCUCCAACAGAUGGUUUUUAAUAACGAUGUUGUAAAUGAAACAAAAAAUUAUGAAGAAAAGAUUUACGUACGUUGUGUUAUGAAAAUGUUUUGACAAACUGUGUCGCGUUACUUCUUAUUUCUGUUGAAAUGUUUGACUGAUUUCUUGUCGUUUCCCUUGCAUUGUUAAAACCGGGCGGCAGUAAUCGUUCAGCUGUAUAUGUAAAGCCGAUCUGUUCAUUCAGGUUUCUAUGUAGAAAUCAAUGAAGCACAACAUUUAAAUGCAGUUUUUCUUUUAAAUCGUAUAUGUGACCGUUUCCAUGUAAAGCUGAAGAAAUGAAGUUCAUCUUUAGUUUACAUCACACGCUGGACUGGGCUUCUCAUCUUAACGUCAGCUCGGGUCAUUUAGUUUCAACAUCUCUCGCUGUUUAUAUGUGCAUUGCUUUAUCUUUUUUUAUGUAAUGUUCAGAUAUAUAAUGAAUAUAAUUUGUUACACAAAAAUGUACACUUAUGAAAUAAGUAAUAAAUAAAUGAUUUAUACCAGACACAAUCCUAAAAAUAAAGGUGCUUCAUGAUCAACGUUGGGUAAGUUACUCAAAAAAGUAAUUAAUUUCUAUUUACUAAUGACAUCUUCAAUCAUGUCAUCAGAUUACUGUACAAAUGACUCUCUCCAAAAAGUAUUAAAUGACUUAUUACUAAUAAAUAAAUCCUAUUUAGUAAAUGAUACAAAGAUAGGCUUGAAACAGCUGAAAUAAAUCAUAUUAAAGUACAUCAAUUAUUCUGCUCACACUUUUUAAGGUCCAAUUCUCGUGUUAACUAUUUACUACUUUUGGCUCAAUAUAUUCCUAUUAACUGCUUAUUAAUACUUAGUAAAGUAGUUGUUAAGGAUUGGUAGGAGCUUAUUAAGUAUUAAUAAACAGACAAUAUGUCAGUAAUAUUAAUGCUAAUAACCAACUGGUUAAUAGUGAGAAUUGAAUGUUACCAUUAUUCCUAUAAGUAUUUAAAGUGAAAAAAGAUUUAUAAAAAAAACAUUAAACUUUAAAAUAGACUUUAAGGCCCGUAUCAUACACCCGGCGUAGUUUCAACCCAGUGCAAUGAUAAUUUUCAUGUUUAGCGCCACGUUGUUUAAAUAGCUAAUGCAUUUGCGCCCAAUGUUGCGCCCAUUGGCGUUCUGGUGUGUUCAGGCGCAUUGUUGGCGCGUUGCUAUUUUGAGGCAACUAAAAUAGACUACACCAUUGACCAACUUAAACCUGGUCUAAAGUCUAAAGUCAAUGUUGUUUUUGUUAUUUAAAGAGCGCGUUAGAAAUAUGCGUCUAUUUUAAGCAACGCGUGUUUGCUUAUCACAUACAUGAAUGCGCAGCAGCACAGAAACGCUUUUAAAUAUGAAACAUUAAAGGAUUGAAAUGUAAAAGACUAUUAUUGAGUCUCUUGGACAUAAAUGAGAACCGAUUAUGAGUAGUUAGAAGACUUUAUGAGCUGCUUCACCUGUAGCCUGGUAAGUAAAUAAAUGCUUUGCUUUAAACAAAUGCAUCUAUUUUUAAAUGUUUUUAAAUGCUACCACACGUAUUUAUUGUAUAUGAUGACUCUGUACCUGUGGAUAUGAUGAGAUGAGAAACAUUUUAAGUAAUGCUUUAAAAAAAACAUGGCGCUGUCCGAGUGCUGAAAUGCUUCGGCUCUCCGCACAUUUGUAAAUUCUUUAUCUUUUUUUGUAUUUUUAGAGUACAAACAUUUGCCUGCAAAUUAUUUUAUGAGAUUACAAUGAUUAUGUAGGAUAUCAAUACAUUUACAGCAAUUAAAAGCCUGCUAUUUGUACUUCUAUGACUGAAAGAAAACGACUUUUAAAGGUUUAAUCCAAAAAAAAUAAUAAUUUCAAUACAAAUAAAAACAACACAAUUUUUUACAUUAUUCUUAAACUGGGGAUCUUCUUCCUCCGUUUAGUUUUUCAGUUUAAAAUUCCGCUUUCUAAAUAGGGAUUAGGCAUGGCGCCAGGUGCAACUGGCUUUUAUAGGGGAUGAGAGCUGAGACUCUUAUUGGUUUAUUGCACGUUACGCCCAAAACACACCCAUUUCUCAUUACGAGAAUAGGAACAACCCUUUUAAGCCAUGCGCUUGGUGCAUAAACCAUUUUUAGCAUCAUUAAAUUUGCAAAAGUGGGUUUGGACACGCCCGUAUAGACCGUGUGCUUUAGACAAUGCGCCUAGAUCAUUAAAAUAGGGCCCUAAAUGUUGAUGCUAAAUCAUUGAUCUACAGUCCAUACACAGGAUUUACUUAAAUUACAUCAGAAGUAACUCUCAUUAAGGGAUUACUCUUAUUUUUCCUGUAAUUUACUUUACUUUUUCAAAGAAAAACAAAUUAAAUUACAGUAACUAAUUACGUAAUUUUUAGCUUAAUAAUGUUCCAUAAAAAAACUUUGAACAUAUUAAGAUUAUAAAAAACUAUGAUAGAAAUAUUUCUUCUAAGAUCCUUUGACUGAAUGAUUCUUUGAGCAACCGAACAUAGUGAAGCACCUUUAUUUUUAGGAGUGCGGAUGGUGAAAACCCAGAUAGCAGCUCCGGUGCGGAUCCGGCCCAGAGUCCAGAGCUGGUAUAGAUGUCAUCUGAGAUCUCUUAUCUUCUUCUUCCAUGGAUUAACACAAAAAAGUGAAGCGUUUGUACCUCAGUGGUGCUUUAUUAAUGGAAACAUGCAUUACACUGUCAUCAGGUUAUAACAUCUCCGAUCAUGAUGUAGUAUUUUAUUUCAAAAGGUUUAAAGCUGCAGUCAGCUGAAUUGUCAUUGAUUUAUAAUUCUAAUCUGAUCUUCAGUACUUUACCUGGAGCAGGUCACAUGUAUGUACUGUAUUGUGUAUUGUGUGUCGGUAAAUCAGAGUAGAAUGACUGAUACAAAACUUUACAUUACACAAUACCAUCUUAAUUCACUCUCUUGAUUUAUCCUAAUCCAGCAUCAGUAUGUGUCAUUCAGAUUAUUUACCAAUACAGUACACACAGCACAUUUAAAUCUAUUUAAUCAUAACUUCAUGGGUUUAAGUCACUCCUAUCAACAUGCUGUAGUUUGCUGUUACUGUGCUUUAUUUUAUUGAUUUAAUGCAGACAGACGUAUGGAGACCGACUGGAGUUGAUGUGGUUGUGGUGGAGUAACAGUAGCUGUGUUUCCAUUACUCUUUAAAUUUCACGCAAUUGACGGCCAAAACAUGUCAAUUUCACAAAUACUCCCAUAUCACAAAAUCGCAUGAGGUGAUUUUUCAGGCAAUUCAGAAAAGGUUUUAUUUCACAAAACUAAAAUGGAAACAGUUUAUUCACAUUUCACCUGAUAAAAGUAUUAUUUGAAGAUGAAGCUGUGUCUUCCAGAAACACCUCAAUACGUGUCUGCUCACAACUAUAAGAGGUUUUCCUUGGCAAUAAUGUUUGGAUAAUACUCUUACGUCUCCUUCGGUUAAAAAUAAUGCCUGUGGUGGAUAAGAUAUUAGUAAACCUACCAACAUCAGUCGAUGUAAUGUUUAAUGAUACGAUAAAAAAAUCUUUGCUGCCUUAAAUUAUUUUGUUGAAUCAACUCAGAUUUACAAAUCAUUUCAAUUUACUUUCAAUUAAAAAUGUAUCUUGACAAGAGAGAAGUUUAAUUUUCAAUUAUAUUUUAUAAGUAUCUCAUCUGUAGUCAAGAUAAAUACUAUUAGUUAAUUCAACAAAAAAAAUGAGAGCAUCAAAGAUUUUUUACAAUGGAGGAAAAUAUGUUUCAGUUUCAUAUCAGCAAAUCUGGAAACGCAGCUACAUGUAGUGUUGACCAAACAUACUGUACACCCAUCUGUGUUUCUGUCAUUCACAUUCAUUCAAUCAUUCAUUCUAGUGUUUAUAGUUGAGUUUGUAUUUGAAUGACAGAUUUCAUGAGUUUUACAGGAGUCACUGGAUUAUUUAUAGCGUUUCUCAGCUCUGUUCCUGGAGGACUUUACAUCUGACCCCAUUAUUUCCCAUCUUGGAGUCUGAGCUGAUGAAUGUUUGAAUAUAAAGUGAAUGUGUUGUAGUGUUGGUGUUCCUCCGGGAUGGUUGAGAAAUACAAAACUCAAUGAUCUGUCGCUCAAAUCAAUCUCAAUGAAAAUGAAUUGGGUUUUCUUCUCUGGUCUACAGUGAAAUCAUCUCUAUUGACUGUACUGUACAAUCAUUCUGCUCUGAUUAAUAUCCAAUCAUUUCACUUCUAUUUCUUUGGACUAUCAUCCAUUUUGUGUCAUUCUUGCAACUAAGGAUGAAAAAUAAAGAAAGCUAUUUUA